CGCCACAAAACUUUCAUAUUUAUAAAAGUAUAAUUGUUGAGAUGAUAUCAGCAAUGAUUGUUCAGACAACUGGGAAGAGAAAGAAAAAAGGAGGAAAGAGAAAGGAGGAAAGAGGUAGAUCAUCGUUAUCUGUUUAUAACGCAGUGAUCUGGUGUGGAAUGUGGAGAUAAAAUGACCAGAAUGAUUAACAAUUUUUCGGAUAAUAUUGCCCUGACAGAUGAAGUGGAAAAACGACUGCAAAUUAUUCUCAACGAAGGCUCUAAAAGUUUAGUGGACUUCAACAAUAUGAAAUCAGAAAUACCGCCCUUCUAUGACGAGAAGAAGUUUCGGUUGGGGCAGCAAGCGUUUCAUAAUAAUAUAUUCUCCAUGAUGAUUGCGAAACUUUCCGGUCUUGUCUCUCUUCUUGCUAUUUCGACCAUAUUGGAUGUAGUUAUGUUUACCAAAAAAAGCGGUACUACCUGUCUGGCAUUUCGCAGAUAUGCAGAAACGGUCCUUCAUACAUGUGUGUGGCAUGAAGAGGAUCCCAACGGCAUACCUAAUAAAUUCUUAGAAUCCUUAAAAAUCGUACGUCGGAAACACUGUAUUGCAUUCAAAAGAAGCACCGAAGCUGGUAUUCAUAAGCCAACGCAAUUAGACAUGGCACUCGCUCAAUUCGGCUUUGUUGGCUACAUUAUCAUAUGCGAGAAAUAUCUAGGAAUAAAUGCCACUCAUGAGGACAUGGAAGGUGUAGUCCAUAUCUGGAGGGUCAUUGGUAGUAUGCUUGGGAUGGACGAUAAAUUCAAUCUCUGCACGGGUACUGUCGAAGAAACUCGCGCUCUUUGUCACAGGCUAUUAGAAGAGGUUUUCAUUCCUUGCCUAGCAAAUAGAAAUAAGAAUGAGCAUUUCAAUGAGAUGGGUACUAUACUGCUGGAGAGUCUCUGGCCGAUCAACUUUAAUAUUGAGCCACUAGCAUUCACUGCCUUCACACUUUAUUUGGCUUCUUCGAAUGCACGUAACAAUAAUCAUUCCAUCGAAAUAGAUACUUCAUCUAUGCCUUUUUAUAGCUGGUGCCUGUUCAACGUGCAACAUUUUGUGUUGAAAUACUUACUGCGAUCUGAUGCUUGGUGGUCUUCAUUUUUUCGCUCAAUUUUUAAUGGUUUAAUGCGUUUGUCGAUUUUUUCUAUAAGAAACUUUUCCAUUUUUGCUUACUGGAAAUUCGGAAAAGACUAUUCAAAAGUCAAUAUAUUUAAUUAUCGCUUUGAUUGA